AUGCACCGCCUGCCAUGGUUCGUCUUCGCUUCUGCGAUGUCGGAGGCGUUUGCGCGCCUGGUCAGGGGCAGCAUUUUUUCGGACAGCCAGGGCGGCUUGGGCAGCAGCCGUGUCGACUUCGAUGCCGGCAUCACCCCCGCACACCCAGCGGGGUCCUCUGCCGGAUCUUGGCCAGGGGCCGAGCCCUGGUCUUGGGAUGUCGCUCGAUGUCUCUACGAAGGAGACGUUUUGGCGAAGCUCAGCAAGGGACUGGUGGCCGCAGUCUACUGCGGCUUUAUCGCCGUGUCCGUGCGCCUGGCGUUGGUUGGUCUGCCAAACAAAAUGCCCCGGCAUCCCAGCGUGGAGGACGGCUGUCCACGGAGUUGGGUGGUGUUCAUGGGUGUUGUCUAUGCAUUCAUCUACUUCACCACGGACCAGUACGUGCCCAGCCUUCCGCAGAUGGAGGUGGACCUUCUGGGCUCCGAAAGCCUCAUGAGCGGCACUGUGCAGAUGAACUUGUGCAUCAAGGCUGUCUUUGGCAUGGCCACCGCUGGCCUGUCCGAUCGAAUCGGCCGGAGGCCUGUGCUGCUCGUCUGCCUGACUUUGCUUAGCCUGGCAAGCUUCUGCUGCGGCUGUGCCCGCAAGAUUGAGUGGUUCAUCGCUUCGCGGCUGCUGCAGGGCAUGGGAGAAUCCCUGGAGCCAGUCAUCUUUGCCAUGGCCCGUGACUACUUCGCUGAGCCAUCCGAGCGUUUCGUAGUCGUCGCGGCUUUGCAGAUGAUGGCUUUCGUGGGCAUUGCCUUGGCCCCUCUUGUCGGAGGGCUCGGCGCGCAUUACCUCAGCUGGCGCGCUUCCUUUUUUGGCCUUGCCCUGAUCUGGGGCCUCCUCGCCAGCUACGCUGGCUUGGCCAUGGUUGAAUGCUGCCCGGACGGAGAGAGCCAAAGCUACCUCAGCGACCUCUCAAGAAUCUUGGACCCACACCUUCUUUGCCUCCUUCUGACAGAAAGUUGUGUCAUGGGCGCCUAUUUUACCUUCAAUGCGAACAGCAGCUACCUGGCAGAGGUCGUCAAACAGAUGCUGCAGAAGAGCCUUAACUGUGGAACCAUCAUCAACCAUCACAACAACUACCAGAAGGCAAGGUGGCUGGGCCUGUGGAAGGGAGGUUUGCUGGCACUGCUCUGCUGGGCCGGUUCCAACACAAGCUUGGCAGGCGCAGCAGGUCGCGAAGAUGGGACUUGCUGCAGCUUAGCCACAGCUCCCUCUGGCACGUUGCUAGAACUCCACGCGAAGAACAAGAGACUGCCCAAGCUGAAAAUCGUCUCGGCUGCAGCUCAGCUUCUGCUGGCCACCCCGUGUGCAAAUCCAUGCGACGGAUUGCAGAAAAUCGAAGCAAAGAACAAGGACCUCCGGAAGUUGCUGAAGAAGUUCCAAUGGCCACGGCUGAAGUACUUUUGGGCAAGCGGACGUACGUACAGCCUGCCUCUGCGAGCUGAGAGCAGAGAGCUGUCACACCGGCCGGCGAACGCCAGGCUGGAGUACUUAGCCGGCUUCUUCGACGGGGAUGGCUGCGUUAGUUGUCAGACGUGUCUGUCCGGAUGCAUGUUGGUGGUGGUGCAGUCUUGCGACCAGGCGGAAGUUCUCAUGCUCUUCCGCGAAGAGCUCGGUGGGAGCAUCUCGCGGCUACAAGAGGGCAAAGGUUUGAGAAAACCGAUGCUUCAGUGGCGAGUUUGCGGGGACUCGGCCCGACGAGCAGCUAGGCUCCUGGCACCACGCAGCAUCACUAAGCAGAAGCAGCUCUUGCUUGCAUCCCCAUGGCCCAAGACAAAAUCGCGAAGAGAGGGCCGCAAGGCCGAGCUGUGCGCUCUGAAGAAGCACGAUUCGGCGGUCUCUGGACCGUGCAGCUGGAGCUACUUUGCCGGCUUCUUUGAUGCAGAGGGCUACAUCAAGCAGAAGAACAGAGGAGCCUCGCUGAGUCUGGAAAUCAAACAAAAACAUCCCCGCGUGCUGGGCAGCCUUCGUGAAUUCGUGGCAACUACAUCAGGCAUAGAUACAGCAUUUCGGAAUUACACAAAACUGGCAUACUGCGUACUUUGCGUCAGCGGCUUGUCCAACUGCAAGCAGAUACUGCAACGCCUGUUGGAAGCCGGGUUGCUUUGCAAAGCGACCCAGGCGCAGCUCGCUUUGAGCCUGACACCAGAGAAUGCGGCUGAAGUCAGCACUGAGCUUGCGGGUCUCACUGGGAAUCAAAUGUGUGGGAAGAGGUUGGAAACUGCAGGCCAAGAGCGGGCAAAUAAGAUCAGCGCAGCACAAAAGAAAGCUGCCAGCUUCAGUCGACGAGGACUGCACACGGAAGCUGAAACACAACGACAUGAAGUUGCGGAGCUCAAGCAGGAGCACGUGCGACUCAAAGCUGUGCAUGAGAACCAUCAGUUGCUUGAGUACAUACGCAAGCUGCAGAGCUUGCAUGAGAAUUCGUGGGAGGGGCCGCUUGCCCCCGGUAUGUGA